AGAGACAGUGACGAUUCAUGUUUGAGUGAGCUUAGAUAUCAACUCUGACAACAAACUGCAUCGGAUGAAAAGGUCGCCGAAAUAAUCGUCUUCGUCAAAUUGCAGUAUGGCAACACAGGACAGCUAAAAAAUGCUCUGUUUGGACGCCGGGAACUGAGCGUAGUCAACACGGAUUAUAUACAGUGUUAUCUUUUUCCAGCGAAGAAUCGAGACGCUGAAUUUCGAAGACUGACAUGAACCCCAUGAAAUGGUUGUAUUCAUUCAGAAAACGAAGGACGGGAUCGUUAUAACUUUAGACUUACUGCGGUGUGCCACCAAAAAUAACGCGUGUGAUUGACUUGACAUCGGUUUAGACCGGCUCAGGGAGAAUUUGUUCCCCCACAUUCAGUGACAUUUUCUAUUUGUAACACAUCCGAGCUUAUGAGUGCAGUUUUUAGCCCAUCAUUCAUGAUGAUGCAACGUCCAGUGGGAAGCACCACGGCCUUCAGCAUCGACUCCCUAAUCGGUGGUCCCCCUCAACCAAGCCCAGGACAUUUUGUUUACACUGGCUACCCCAUGUUCAUGCCGUAUAGGUCAGUAGUGCUCCCCCCGCCGCCCCCUCCACCGCCUGCCCUCUCUCAGUCCGCGCUCCAGGGUCUGCCGUCCACGCACCCGCACCACCAGAUCCCCGGGUUACCCAGCAGCUUCUGCUCCAGCUUGGCGCAGGGCAUGGCGCUGACAUCCACGCUCAUGGCUACGCUGCCCGGCGGAUUCCCCGCGUCCCCGCAGCAGCAGGAGGCGGUGAGGAAGUUCGCUCCCCAGUCCCUCCAUGCUGCCUUUGACAAAACUCAGGAAAUGCGCUUGGACGCAGAUGACGGGAAAAGCUUCCUGGGAAAGGAGUCUUCUCUCUCGUCAUUCCACGACACAGAGUCCCUGCAGUCUGUCACAGCCAGAAAUCACAGUAAAGAUGAUGGCAAAGAGGACGAGUGUACCCGUAAAGAGGACAGUUAUACAAUGGACAGCGAUCUAGACUACAGCUCAGACGACAACGCCAGUGGCAGUGCCAUGUGUCAAAAGGACGACGGAGACGCGAGCGGUGGAAUGGACGAUGGUGCCCAUGGACCGAGCGGAACUGGGAGCACCACGUCUACUGGGAAGAACCGACGACGACGGACAGCCUUCACCAGUGAGCAACUGUUAGAACUGGAGAAGGAAUUUCAUUGUAAGAAGUACCUCUCUCUCACAGAACGCUCUCAGAUUGCUCACGCGUUAAAGCUCAGCGAGGUACAGGUCAAAAUCUGGUUCCAGAACCGACGAGCCAAGUGGAAACGCGUGAAAGCCGGAAACGUUAACUCUAAAAACGGAGAGCCCUCCAGAAAUCCCAAAAUUGUGGUGCCCAUCCCUGUGCACGUCAGCCGCUUUGCAAUACGAAGUCAGCACCAGCAGUUAGAGCAAGCGAGGCCUUGAUUUCAGACGGGAUGCGGAGGACCUAAUGUCGAUAUAAGUUAAACGAAAUAAACAACCAUAGAGUACAAAAUAUGUAUGAAAACAAUGUUGGACUUCAAAUUAUUUCGACAGGCCCAUGUUUAUACCCGCGAGAAAAAUGUGGUCGGUAAAAUGAUGUGGAAUAAUUCUUUCUUAGGCCUGCCUGACUGAGACCUGGAGCGGUAGGCUACUACACGAUUAGAUGUGAGAGUCGACUGAGAGGAAUCGGCUCCGGUGUUUGAUGAAAGUAUUUUGGGAAAGAAUAAACUAUUUGGACCAAAAUAAUGGAUACCGGGAGCCACUGUACAUUCCCAACAAAAAGAAUAGGCUAAUCGUGGAGAUCACUAUGAUUUUUUAGUUGUGUGCAGACUGCAGAGGCAGAAUUGUCUUGUUGGUGUAUUUUUUCAGGCAUAACUGAGAGAACACAGACGUGUCUCAGAUGAGCACUUUUUUGUUGGUUUAGCACUGUAAAAAGAUUAAGAAAAAACCCACACUCUACCCCAGACAUUCAGGUGUUCCUGCUGCAUCAAUACCAAUUAUGUGUUUUAAUUUACGUGAUAUUCACUAACUCUUAAAAUUGAUUAUUGUUGCUUGAUUUUAAAAAACGUUUAUGAUUGUAUUUUUCCACACCUUAUAAAGCACGCUGCUAAUUUAUUUAACAUUGUGUAAAAUGUUGCUAACAUUUCAUGAAUGAUUGACGCAAGACUUUUGUGUGGAUUAAAACUGGACCCCAUGAAGUGA